CAGGACGCUGAUAGGCACCGAUCGGCGUCCUAGUCCCUGACGGAUGGACUCUCUGGACAAACGACGAAACGGUUUACGAUGCGUGUUUUAGUUGGGGGCUGUCACAAAGUGUUAUGGGCGGUGUGGAGCAGGGCGGAGGGAACCAGCCUGAACUCCCGCUGCAUGCAUCGUUCACUGAGCGGCUGAGAGAGCCAGGUGUUGAUUUGAAGCUGUGUGUGCGCUGAAAGGUCCCAAUCCUGAAAAAUGACUCAGUCGGUGCAAGUUAACCCGAAGUUGCCUGAUCUAGGCUCUCCAUUCAUCUACUCCAGUCAGGAGGAGGCUGACCAGCCAGGUUCCUACUCCGUUCAGACUCCGUAUGGUUUCCAGCUGGAUCUGGACUUCCUUAAAUAUGUAGAAGAAAUAGAGAGUGGGCACAAUCUUCGUCGGGCUCCUGUGAGCUCCCGCCGCGUAGGCCGAGGGGUCAAACUCUCCCAGAGGAGUCCAAGUGUGGGCGGGCGUACCAGUGGCUGGACAUCAACAGAGUCUCUUGCAUCCCCUGCCAGUGAAGAUGGCAGAGCUCCUCCACCGCCACCACCACGCAACCGCCUUGGGUCAGCUCCCUGUGAGGGACACUCUCUUUCUCCUGUAACCCUCCUCACUGUCCCUCCGCUGUCUGCCGGGGCCAAAGUACCACCUCCUCCACCGCAGCGCAACCCCAGAGUUGAGCGGACUCUCCUGGAAACCAGCCGGCGGCUACAGCAGGAACAAACCCACCAGCACCAGAAUGGUGGACGCUUCCAGCUCGCAGAUCCUCCUAAACAGAUUUUACCCUCCCCAUCCACUCAGCCUCUGCAGGGUAGCUGGACUAAACCCAGUCCUCAGACCUCUGGGCGCAGCACUCCAGCUGCUGGCACCACAAUGACUACUAUCCCUCCCAGCCAGCUGCAAACAGUUAGAGAGCAGAUGGCUACGGCAUUGAAGCAGCUGAAGGAGAUGGAAGAAAGGGUAAAGGGUGUUCCUGCGCUUGAGAAAGAGGUGGCCAAGCUUCGUGCAGAGAAAGACAUGCUCCUGUUAGCCCUACAAGAGAACAAAGUAACCAUGGAGUUGGCCCAGAAGAAGAAACAAUCUGCAGAGUCUUUUACCCAAACCACAGAGACCCUUCAUCCCCAAACUGAUCACCACAUCCACAGUCGGCUGACUUCACCAACGUCACCUGGUCACAAAGGCUUCGGAAAAUCUGGUGAGCUGAAAAGGCUGACAGAGAAAUUUGAGGGCAAGGAAGAGAAAACACAAGAACCGUCAAAAGUUUUAGUAAAGCCUCCAGAGAAAGUUUCAGUUGUUGUGAAGAAAUCCGUGGCUGUUGGGGACGACAUGCCAAUGGACACUAUUGUUUUCUACUACAGCCAGGGUGUGAAAGAUGCUUCUGAGGGCACCAUGGUGAAUGUUUGUGAGAAAGGCACAGGAACAGAGGCCCCUCUGGUUCAGGAGGAGGGAGUACAGGCCAGGGUGGAGACAGAAGAGGCCGAGGUUUGGGUCACGGAGUCACUACUUGGACUGACCAGCGAGGCACAGCGGGAGAUCGACACCUUACAGGACACUAUUAAAUUCCAGCAGGAGACCAUUGUGGCUGUAGAGAACCAGCUGAGUGUGGCCGACAAAGACCUGUGGACGCUUAGAGCCCAGAUGGAGGAGAAAACCUCCAAAGUCACAUUUGAGAAGGGGGUGCUUGUAAAACCAGACACAACGAAUGCCCAGGUAGAGACACUGACGUCUGCGUUAAGGGAUGCUGCGGUUUUGUGCUGCCCAGAGGUGACUGAUGCGUGCGUAGGCGAGAUUUUAACAGCAGAUCAGAUCGAACAGGGCACUCAGACUGAUGCUUUACAGAAAACAGCAGAACCGGCUCCUGUGGCACUGGUCAGCACUGGGUGUCAAUGGGAGAACUUGUUUGAGGAAAAGACUGAGGAGCAGAAAGUUGCAGUGCCAAAGAAGAGACAGUUGACCAUUGCUGAGUACAAGGUUUCUCCAGAAGAAAAGGUGGUCAGCAGGGCCGAGAAGAAAGAGGAAGACCAAGGACAGAAGACUACAACCAGCAACACCAAGACAGGUAUGCUGAAAUCAAUCAUGAAGAGGAAGGAUGGGAGUAACUCGGGCGAGAAUCGCACCACUGGCAAGAAGAGCCUGCAGUUUGUUGGUAUUCUAAAUGGAGGUUAUGAAUCAACAUCCAGUGAGGAAGAGGAGGAAGAGGAGGAGGAGGAGGAGGAAGAUGGUAGUUCUUCUGGAGAAAGUGGAGAAGGCGAGUGCUUGGACAGCACAGAGGAGGACGAGGCAGCUCUGGAGGAAGAAACAUCUGAGGAGGAGAGAAACGUCAACCUGGAUGAGAGUGACACUGAUGAGGAAACUCUGAGAGCCACAAGUUAUUCAUCGGAUGCUGUGAAAGAGAAGUUUGAGCUGAGCUCAAAAAUGCGUGAGGCUUGCCUCAUUCUGAAGAACCACCUUAACGACGACAUUAAAUCACUGAAGAGUAAGGAAGUGCUCUCCAGCACCCACACUGUGCAGCUUGAGUGGUUCCGUAUCUCCAGUGCAAAGAUGGCUCAGCCUUCACGGGUCUCCGACUACCUGAUGGCGUUCUCUGAGGUGUCGUCAGUGCUGCUGGAACAUGUAGUCAAUAUGACCGACGGCAACGGCAACACGGCUCUCCACUACAGCGUCUCCCACUCGAACUUUGGUGUGGUUGGGCUGCUGCUGGACACAGGUGUGUGCUCUGUGGAUAAGCAGAACAAGGCGGGCUACACAGCCAUCAUGCUGGCUGCUCUCUCUACUGUAAAGGAAGAGGAGGACAUGGCUGUGGUUAAGAAACUCUUCAGUCAGGGCAAUGUCAACGCCAAGGCCAGUCAGGCGGGCCAGACGGCGUUGAUGCUAGCUGUUAGCCAUGGCCGUCAGGAAAUGGUGCGGGCACUGCUCGAGUGUGGCGCUGAUGUUAACGUGCAGGACGAUGAGGGCUCCACGGCUCUAAUGUGUGCAAGCGAACACGGCCGAGCUGAGAUUGUCAAACUGCUCCUGGAACAGCCUGGCUGUGACAUCACCAUCGUGGACAAUGAUGGCAGCAAUGCUCUGUCCAUUGCACUGGAGGCAUCUCACAAUGACACAGCUGUGCUGCUCUACGCCCAUAUGAACUAUGCCAAGACCCAGACUGCUGUGGGGAGUCCAAACGCCCAGCAACGGAGCCCCACCAGCCCCCAGACGACCUGGCCCGCAGACUGACCUGAUCAUAGCCACUCGCUGAGGCAGACAGACAAGUAAACAUGACUGGAUAUGAGCUAAGAAAAGCUCCACUGGAAUUUACUUUAAUAUAAAUGUAUUUAUAUAUGUCCUGCAUUUAAGAGUAUUGUUAAUAUGAGAAUAUUAUUUUUCCAUAAAAGUCGUGGAUGGUUUUAUUAUAUACUUGACUAAUAUAAGCUCCUAGCAUGUCUAAAUGAGGUCUCCAGUGCUUAUUUUUUUCUGUGACUUACAUUUAUUAUUUGCACUCCACUAAUAUUUUAAUGUUAACUGCAACACCACCAGUGGUGGCAUAUUAUGCACAACAAAAAAACAGCAACUGUUAUUUUCCAAGUAAGCCCACACACUGACACAACGAUAUGUAUCACGAUACAUCACUAUCUUAUUGUAAAGACCAGUGUCUUUGCACCGGAAAAUGUGUCACACUGACUCCCUGGAGUGGCUACUUUACCUUUACUUCUUCUUACUUAACAUAUCUGUGUGCUAUGGACAUCAAAUGACACAUCACAGCUGGUGUGUGUUGUUUUCUAGUCUACCCUUGCUGUCUUGCCUUCAUUAACUGAUAUGUGAACCUCUUCACCUUCAUAGUCUGGACUAACUGUCUGUGCCUUGUAUGUUGAUAUAAAUAUAUACAUAUAUAUAUAUA